AUGGCAGCUCCAUGGGCUCCGGCCGAAUCGGCGACAACCUCCUACAUCUCCGAAAGGGGCUCCCUAGCCCCUCGCUUGGCACGAGGCGCCGAUCCGUCGGACGAUGAGAACGCUCUCCCAAGAGCAAAGGUGUACACCCGACGCCAUGGCCACACGAAAUGCCAUACCAGAGCACCAUCAACACGCGUCGCCGAGCUCAACGAAGGGCAACAUGGCACUGGGAGGGAACCAACACGCAAGGAGAAGCAAAAGCACGGUGGGGCUGCUGAUGACAGAGCAACAAUGGAGUGGAGCCACUGGACUGAACAUGGAGACGAAGUUGCCAAACGCCCACCAGCUCCAACCAUGUCGCCGCCAGACGCCCACCAACCAGAUCGGACUCACCACCGCCCCAAACUCACCGAAGGCGGCACCACCAUGGGGGUGACGGCGCCGCGAGCGUCGCUGCCGCCCAAUCCAAAGGGAUUUGGGUUUUCACCCCGGUAUACGAGCAGGGGAACGAGGCAGAGGGGGAAAGGGAUAACCUUGACGGUGCCUACAAGUAGGAGACGGCGCCCUCAGGCGUCGCCGUCGUCGUGGCCGGCAGAGCCAGCCAUGGAUUUCUCCGGGCUCCACGUCUUCCCCACCCCUAGCACAGACACGGCGCCGGCAGCCUGGGCCAGCCGGAGACCAGAUCUGACAGGGGCCGAAAGGGUUGGAGACAGAGGCGUCAGAUCCGGGACGGGCGCCCCCGCGGCCACCGCGCCCCACAGCCACCACCCGCCGCCGCCUUGCCACCCGCGCGGCCAAGGAGGACGGCCAGCACUAGCGACGGCCGCUUGCUGA